AUGUCAGAUACACAGGACACUGUAGCGAGUUGGUCGGUACCCGUAGAAGAUCGAAUAUAUAAAAUUGAAUUCGAGCAUGGCACAGCCAGCGGAAAAAGAGUCAUACGAGUUGAUGGAAAAGAAAUUCUGAGAAGAAAUUGGAUGUUUAAUCUCGUCGGUAAAGAAAUAUUUAAUGUUGGCAAAUUGAAAUGUGCCAUUAGCGUGGAAGCUUUGGGAACAUUUUUUUAUGAAUAUACAUUGGAAGUGAAUGGUAAAUCAUAUGAAAAAUUUCGAGAAGAAGUGGCAAAAAAGCUGAAAAGCUGGACAACAACUUUGGAUGGUCAAGUGACUCGUAUUUGCAUAGAUAAAAGAACAAUGGACAUUUGGGUCAAUAGUCAAAAAAUGAAUACUGCGGGCGAAUUUUUGGAGAACGGUACAAAGACACAUUUUGAAAUUGAUCAAAAUGUUUGCUAUGUGAAAGCAACAAGUAGUGGUAACAAGAAAUUAGGAUUUAUCUAUCAACUUUACAUCAACAACAGUGAAAUAACGUCUGACAACGGUUCAUAA